GUUGCUGGUGCUUCUGCUGGCACUGCUCCUGGGUCGCUCCCCCGAGCCGGAUGGUAUCAUGCCCAACACCGCGGCCGCGUCGCUCGCGCCGAUCCGACGGGUCAACGCUUCGUCCCUGGAUGCGGAGGAAUUCUAUGCCGAACAUGUGCUGAAGGGCGUCCCUGCGCUCAUCACCUUGGAUGCAACGGAUGCGGGGCCUCGAGACCUACUGGAGCAGAUGCUCUCCAACAAGUGUGCCGACAGAGAAUUGAAGCUGCUGUCCACGCAGCAGGCGGAUGUGCUGGCGGUACUGCAAGACCCGAAGCUGCCCUUUGUAAAAUGGCUUGCUGCCAACAUCCUUCUCGUCGUGCUUACCGGCCAGACUGUGGACGGCUGGGCUGCGCGGCGGACGACCACGCUUUCAGAGCUUAGCAAAGCGGAUGCAUCCACUCC